AUGGCAGAAGUCCCUUGUGAAGAAGGUGGAGACUCAGCUGCUGUGAUGGAGCUGCUGGAGCAGAGAGCAGAGGGAAGGAGCAAUUUCAGCCACAGAUGCACCAAUAACAGAAAGGCGAUUAUUGCGGUCACCGUGCUCACCGUGGUGCUGCCUCUCACAGUCACCAUCAUCAUGCUGGCAGCUAAGAAAGACCCACCCUGCCCAGCUACCGCCCUGCCCAGCUGCCUGGAGAGUGGGAUUGGCUUCGGGAACAAGUGCUUUUACUUUCUGGAGGAGGAAGUGGACUGGGAAGGGAGUCAGCACUCCUGCCUCUCCCGCCAAGCCCACCUGGCCACCAUUGACACCAGGGAGGAGCUGCAUUUCCUCCUGCGCUAUGGGAACUUCAUGGAAUACUGGGUUGGUCUCUGGAGGGAAGGUUCUGGACCUUGGAAAUGGCUCAAUGGUUCCCUCUUCAAUGCCCUGUUUGACAUCCAGGGCAAUGGCCACUGCGCCUACACGAACUCCCACAGGAUCAGCAGCGACAGGUGCUCUGAGACGAAAUUCUCCAUCUGCAGCCACCUGCAGAGACAUCCCAGUGAAGCCCAGAAGGAUACAGAAAUCCUGAAUUCCACCUGA